CCGUGCCCCUUGUCGGGCUGCUUGUUUGGCUGCUGCCGUCACCUCAUGGCGACGCGGGUAGAGGAGGCUUCGCGGGGAAGAGGCGGAGGCGCCGAGGAGGCAGUUGAGGCCGGACGGGGUGGACGGCGACGCAGCCCGCGGCAGAAGUUUGUGAUUGGCACAAUGGAAGAAGCUGGAAUGUGCGGGCUAGGGGUGAAAACGGAUAUGUUGCAUAACUCUCAGUCCAAUGAUAUUCUUCAGCAUCAAGGCUCACACUGUGGUGGCACAAGUAACAAGCAUUCCUUGGAAGAGGAUGCACACAGUGACUUUAUUACGAAGGGCAGGAGUUUGGUGAGCCCAGCGUACUGCACACAAGAGUCAAGGGAGGAAAUUCCUGGGCGAGAGGCUCGAACAGAUCCCCCUGAUGGUCAGCAAGAUUCAGAGUGCGACAGGAACAAAGACAAAACCUUAGGAAAAGAAGUCUUAUUAUUGAUGCAAGCCCUAAACACCCUUUCAACUCCAGAAGAAAAGCUGGCAGCUCUCUGUAAGAAAUAUGCCGAUCUUCUGGAGGAGAGCAGGAACGUUCAGAAGCAAAUGAAGAUUCUGCAGAAGAAGCAAGCCCAGAUCGUGAAAGAGAAAGUUCAUUUGCAGAGUGAACACAGCAAGGCUAUCUUGGCAAGAAGCAAACUUGAGUCUCUUUGCAGGGAACUUCAGCGUCACAAUAAGACGUUAAAGGAAGAAAAUAUGCAACAGGCACGAGAGGAGGAAGAAAGACGGAAAGAGGCCACUGCGCACUUCCAAAUCACUUUGAAUGAAAUCCAGGCACAGCUGGAGCAACACGACAUACACAACGCCAAGCUCCGCCAGGAGAACGUCGAGCUGGGCGAAAAGCUGAAGAAGCUCAUCGAGCAGUACGCACUGAGGGAGGAGCACAUUGAUAAAGUAUUCAAACAUAAGGAACUGCAGCAACAGCUUGUGGAUGCCAAACUGCAACAGACAACACAGCUGAUAAAAGAAGCUGAUGAGAAACAUCAAAGAGAGAGAGAGUUUUUAUUAAAAGAAGCAACGGAAUCAAGACACAAAUAUGAACAAAUGAAACAACAAGAAGUACAACUAAAACAGCAGCUUUCUCUUUAUAUGGAUAAGUUUGAAGAAUUCCAGACUACCAUGGCAAAAAGCAAUGAACUGUUUACAACCUUCCGGCAGGAAAUGGAAAAGAUGACAAAGAAAAUUAAAAAACUGGAAAAAGAAACAAUAAUAUGGCGGACCAAAUGGGAAAACAAUAACAAAGCACUUCUGCAAAUGGCCGAAGAGAAAACUGUGCGAGAUAAAGAGUACAAAGCCUUUCACAUAAAACUGGAACGGCUGGAGAAGCUGUGCCGGGCCCUGCAGACGGAGAGGAACGAGCUCAGUGAGAAGGUGGAGGUGCUGAAGGAGCAGGUCUCGGGGAGGGCGGCGGGCGGGGGCCCAGCGCCGCCCGGGGCCCAGCCCUGCGCUGCCCUGGCUUCUGCCGAGGAGCCCAGCGCCGCCUGGCAAAGCACUGCCCGUGUCAGCCUGGAGGCCGAGUCCCCGGGUGCCGGGCCCAGCAUCGAGUCAGUUGACUGAGAUCAAGUACGAUCACUGUAUCGAGAGCUCUAUUUUGUGUAUAACUUUCUCUGUUAGUAGUAACUUGGUUUUGUGGUGAAAAUUUUCUUACUUUUUCUACCAUAUCUGUAUUUUCUUAGCACUACUGGACUUAUGUGGUACAGGAGGCUGCUUGGCAGGUUUGAAUAGUUUUACUCUCUACAUUUUCCUCAGCUGUGUUGCACAUCUGCCUCUUUCCCCUUCAUCGGAAUGCAUGUGCUCAUUGCCUUUCUCCCUCUCCCCUGCUGCUUGCACAGAAUUGUCCAAAUUAAAAUGUCACUCACCAGGGCUGACCAUUACAAGGGAACUUUGUUCUGAUAACGGUUCCCCCCCCACCCCCCCACCCCGCACCCCACCCCGCGGCUUGUGGGAUCUUCGUUCCCUGACAAGGGAUUGAACCCAGGCCUCGGCAGUGAGAGCACCGAGUCCUAACCACUGGACUGCCAGGGAAGUCCCUGAUAAUGGUUCCUGAUGUGAAAACAAUACUCGUUUAAACAUCCUGCCCCCCCCCCAAUUAAUAUUACUCAAAGAAAAAUAUCAAGAUGAUUACAUAUUUGUCUAAUAGCCCAUUUUAAAUGCCAAGUAAAAAUAAAACUCUAGGCUUGGGUCAGAAACAAGCAUAGUAUAUUUGAUUCAAAUUAGCUUUUUGAUACUUAUAUCACUUGACAAAUUGAGAUGCCCGCAAGCCUAGACUUCGUUUUGGCAGAAUAUGUACAUAAAGGUGUAACUUUUAAACAAAGUAGUAUAUACAGGCAAAUCACUGGAGAGACAGGGCUAAUGUUUAUGUGAUUAAAAACAGUCCCAUCGCUCUGUUUUCAGGAUAGAAGCAGUAUCUGAAUUUGGACCACCUGGAUGCCCGCUGUGUGGGGAGCCUGGUGGUUUGUUCGCUUUUCACUCGGGAGUUGGGUGCGCAUCCUCCACUCCCCACGGAGAGCUGCCACUGACAGUCCUUUGUCAGUCAGUGUAAGGCGAUGAGGGUAAAAUCAUGUGUGGCUUUCCUUGAGCGGAAGUCCCUCCACUACCUUCUGGCUGCUUGAAAGUUGGUGUCCAACUGUUCCGACAGUCCAAACAGCACCCGUUCUCCAGGGUUUUUUAAAGGGAAUUUUAAUUAUGAUCAUGCUAACUGAAACUGAUUCCAUUUCUAAAACAGAAAGACUGGAACCAGCAUUUUUAACUUUGAGGAAACUUGGCAGAGAGUUAAGUAGCCAGGAUCUAUUUCUUACUUAUGCUUUCAGUCUGUUUCUGCCCCUUUUCUUAGUGGUUUUUUGGGGUUUUUUUUUUUUUUAGUAAAAACCAGUAUUACCAAGGUGUCUACACUUGGAAUGGGGGACUUUGGAAAUGCAGCACAUCACUUUUGGAUUUGCUCUCUAACUUCCUUUGUUCUUCACAGUGUCACAUGUGGUCGAGCUUAUACACAUCAUUAACCAGGCUGCACUGAUGAGAGUUCUGACUUUGUCCCUGGUAUAAUUUGCAUUGAAAUACUUUAUGAAAUAAAAAGGCUCUAUUAGAACUGAUGUUAGCACAUUCCACUGAGCAAAACUAUCAAACUGACACUUCUUAUAUUGCUUACUGGACCGAAUAAACUCUCUUCUGUCCAGUUAAAAGGGUUUUUCUCUUUGUUAAAAGUUUUAUUUGUCCUGUCACGUUCAUGGUCUAAACUGGGUUGAAGAAUUGAAAAUUGUCCAGUAGAUAGGCAACAGCGCCUGGAGUGGCGGAUUAUAUCUAAGCUUCCGCCAUCAGUCAUGUUAAUCAAAGGGCCAGACAGUGAAGGAAAAGAAACCCACAAAGUUGCUUAUCGAAUUACUGUCAAAAUGAGUCGGAAGCAAAAACAAACACAUCCUCCUCCAACAGCCUUUUAUAGAUAUCCCCUUCGGUUUCUAAAUGAAAUACUGGAUUCAUUUCCCUGAGAGGAAAUGGAGGUAUACAUCAGAAAUACACUCUACUGUAAAAUUAGUACUAAUGAUCCCAUAUCACAAGCGCUCUGCUGGAUGUACAGCUCUUACUGUCUUAAGCCAUUUGUGUAGCCCGCCACGUUUCUUUGUGGUGCUUGUCCUGUGUGGAAGAUUGUAACGGACCUGUUGCAUAUUUUCAAGGGCUUUAUAAAGCGACGUGAUUUACAGUACUUGGCCUGCUGCUUUUGGCUUACUGUGUAUUUUUAGCUAGAUGCUCUCAUGGUGUUUAAAGGACAUGGAUUCUCUCUGGGGUGCAUUUGGUAUCCUUUCAGAAUCUCUCCUCCCAUUACCCUGUGAAUAAAUACAAAGGGGACCCUCUGAGAAGGACAUGCUCCUAAAGCAAUCACCUCGCCAGCCCAGUGUUGUGGCUUUGUAGCACACCCUGUUUCUACCACAUUCUAGAACACUGUAAUGCUACUAAGGCUGGCCCAGGAAAGAUUGAAAUGUCAAAUUUGCUUCAACUGCAUUUGUUGCACCAUCAUGGAAUCUUGAUGUAUAUUAUUUAUAGUGGCAGGAGACUCCAAGGAGAAGAGAAAACUUGGGUCUUGGAUAAUGGACCAUUUCAUCCUCAGACUUGUAGGAGUACAUUUCUUGGUCUUGAGACCAGUAUUUUUUAGUUAUGUAUGCAACUGCCUUUAUUACACCUGGUUGUCAAUUCAAUUCUCAGGUGUUGCAGAAAAAUCUACCUCUUUCAGACUGUAGAUGGAAAUAACUGUGAAAAAAUGAUGCAGAUAUCUUCUAGUUUGUGCUAAUAAACACACUGCUUUAUUUUUACAGCCCGCGUCUUUCAUGAGGAUACGAAUUGUUAAGAGGCAGUCUUGUUUUGCUUUUCAAAGACAUUUUGUAGAGAUUUUUCACUAAUGUGAAUCUGAUUUUAUCUACUCAAUUCUGUAUAGAUUAAGUAAAUAUGUAUGAUAAAUUUAA